AAGUUAUUGAUUGGCCGUAUUUUCCGUAGAAUGUAAUGGGAGGGGCUUAAUGGACAUGAUUUCCGUUUUAUGCUAUUUGACUGACUGACGUUUAACGGGAGUCCAUCAGCUCAGUGGCUGUUGAUGGACCAUCCCUAUGAAGAAACAAGGUUACAAUGGGACAGGGAACCUUGGAUCAAGCUAUCCAAGGAGAAAUUACCAAGGACGGGGUCAGUAACAUCAAGAGCUUUGUGGAGGAGGAACUUCAGACAAGCAUGAUGGUGGGGAUGGUGAUAGGUGCGGGCAUUGCCAUCGUCCUCAUCGCCAUCCUCAUCUUUUUCAUCUUGCGGAGAAUCCACCUUCGAAACCUGGAAGCUCAGGAGGCCCCCAAAUACCGCUUCCGUAAAAGGGACAAAGUCAUGUUCUACGGACGAAAGAUCAUGCGUAAAGUCUCCCAGUCUACCUCGUCUUUGGUGGGUACAUCCUCCUCCUCUCGGCCACGCCUCAAGAAGAAGCAGAAGAUGCUUAACAUUGCCAAAAAGAUUCUGCGCUUUAAGAAGGAGGUGCCCACCCUUCAGGCCAAGGAGCCCCCUCCAUCAGUGCUGGAGGCAGAUCUCACAGAAUUUGAUGUGGCCAACUCCCACCUACCGUCUGAGGUUCUCUAUAUGCUCAAAAAUGUCCGUGUGCUGGGCCAUUUUGAGAAGCCCCUCUUUUUAGAGCUGUGCAAACACAUGGUGUUUGUACAGUUUCAGCAAGGGGAGCACGUCUUCAGGCCAGGACAACCUGACAGCAGCAUCUACGUGGUUCAGGAUGGAAAAUUAGAAUUGUGCCUUACUGGAACGGAUGGAAAGGAAAGUGUUGUGAAGGAGGUUUACCCAGGGGACAGUGUCCACAGCCUCCUCAGCAUCCUGGAUGUCAUCACAGGCCACCAGAAGCCUUACAGAACGGUGUCGGCACGGGCUGCAGAGGUUUCCACUGUUCUCCGUUUACCUGUAGAGGCCUUCCUCUCUAUAUUUGAGAAGUAUCCUGAGAGCCUGGUGCGAGUUGUACAGAUUAUAAUGGUUCGCCUCCAAAGAGUCACAGUCUUAGCGCUGCACAAUUAUCUGGGGCUCACCAAUGAGCUUUUUAGCCAUGAAAUGCAGCCCUCUCGUCUGCCACCUCAGUCACCUCACCCUACUCGCACUAGUCCUAUUCGCCAUGGCAAGCGCUUUGGCAGCCUGACAGUGCCUGAGGAGCAUCGGGAAGCUGCCAUUAAGGGUGAAGUUACAGGUGGAGAACAAGGGAAGGAUGGAGCAACAGUGCCAACUCUUAGCAGGGCUAUCUCCAUGCCUGUGGACAUAGCCUGUAUGCAGAAAAGUGUGAGGUCAGACUUUGAUCUGGCUUAUGAAAGGGGACGGAUUUCUGUAUCUGCAGAGGAAGGGAACACUCCUCCCACCUAUACCCGGGACCAGCGAGAGAGGAAGGUGACCGUGGAUGAGGUUCCCUCAGGGAUCUACCUGUAUCCAGAAGAAGAGUCUGCAGUGGACAACAUCUUUACACCUGUAACUAGCCGCUCCAGUACUGCCCUGUUUGAGGAAGCUCAGAAAGAGAUUCUCAAACUCAUGAAGAUUGAGGACCCAUCGUUGUUAAAUGGGAGAGUGACUCUGCACCAAGCAAAAGCUGGAGCUGUCUUAGCCAGACAGGGUGAUCAGGAUGUGAGUCUGCACUUUGUCUUGUCUGGUAGUCUGCAUGUCUACCAGCGGAUGAUCAACAAGCAGGAGGCAGUGUGUUUGUUUGUAACCCAUCCAGGGGAGAUGGUGGGUCAGCUCGCCGUGCUCACUGGAGAACCCCUCAUAUUCACCAUCAAGGCUGUGCGAGACUGCACUUACCUCAAGAUCUCCAAGUCGGAUUUCUAUGAGAUAAUGAGGGAGCAGCCCAGUGUCGUACUGAGCGCUGCCCACACGGUAGCUAUCCGCAUGUCGGCGUUCGUAAGGCAGAUGGACUUCGCUAUUGACUGGAUGGCAGUGGAGGCUGGCAGAGCUCUCUACAGACAGGACGAUCAGUCAGACUGCACCUACAUUGUUCUGAAUGGCCGUUUGCGUUCAGUCAUCCGCAAGGCAAAUGGCAAGAAGGAACUAGUGGGAGAGUAUGGCAGAGGAGAUCUAAUUGGAGUGGUCGAGGCCUUGACCAGACAACCAAGAGCCACCACUGUCCAUGCUGUAAGAGACACAGAGCUGGUUAAACUGCCAGAGGGAACGCUUAACAACAUCAAAAGACGUUAUCCCCAGGUGGUGACAAGGUUGAUCCACUUGUUAGGUCAGAAGAUUCUGGGAAACUUGCAACAGGGUCGUGGACCUUUCUCAGGUUCAGCGUUGAGUCUGCCCAGUAUGACCACUAGUGCAGAUGUAACCAACCCUGCCAGCAACCUCUCCACCGUAGCUGUGCUGCCUGUAUGUGAUGAGGUGCCCAUCAAUGCAUUCAACCUGGAACUCAGCCAUGCUCUCAAUGCCAUUGGUCCCACUCUGCUCUUAACUAGUGACAUAAUCAGAGAGCGACUGGGUGCUUCUGCUUUGGACAGUAUCCAUGAAUACCGUUUGUCUGGCUGGCUGGCCCAGCAGGAGGACAUCAAUCGGAUUGUACUGUACCAAACUGACAACAGCAUGACUCCAUGGACUCAACGCUGCAUCCGUCAGGCUGACUGCAUUUUAAUAGUUGGCAUGGGGGACCAGGAACCUGCUCUUGGGGAGCUGGAGCAAAUGCUGGAGAACACAGCAGUGCGUGCUCUAAAACAGCUGGUCCUUCUGCACAGAGAAGACGGGCCAGGCCCCUCUAGGACCGUCGAGUGGCUCAACAUGCGUAGCUGGUGCUCUGGACAUUUGCACCUCAAAUGUCCUCGGAGGGUCUUCUCCAGACGCAGCCCGAGCAAACUGAGGGAGGUAUAUGAGAAGGUUUGUGAGAAAACGGCAGACAGACACAGUGAUUUCUCUCGACUUGCCCGAGUGCUGACUGGAAACAGCAUUGCAUUGGUGCUGGGAGGAGGCGGGGCCAGAGGCUGCUCUCAUGUGGGUGUGAUCAAGGCCAUGGAAGAAGCAGGGAUUCCUAUUGACAUAGUGGGGGGGACCUCCAUUGGUUCAUUCAUCGGUGCACUGUACGCAGAGGAGAGGAGCGCUGUCAGGACCAAACAGAGAGCUAGAGAGUGGUCAAAGGCAAUGAACUCUGUAUUCAAAACAGUCCUGGAUCUUACGUAUCCCAUUACCUCCAUGUUCUCUGGCUCUGCUUUCAACACCAGUAUCUACAAAGUCUUCCAGGAUAAGCAGAUUGAGGACCUUUGGUUGCCAUAUUUUAAUGUCACCACUGACAUCACAGCCUCAGCCAUGCGUGUUCACCAGGAUGGUUGUGUAUGGCGCUAUGUUAGAGCCAGUGCCUCCUACACCCCCUAUUUACCUCCCCUGUGCGACCCCAAGGAUGGCCACUUGCUUGUGGAUGGUUGCUAUGUUAACAAUGUCCCAGGCUCUCUGUGGCGCUAUGUGCGGGCGAGCAUGACCCUCUCAGGGUACCUGCCGCCUCUCUGCGACCCAAAAGAUGGCAACUUGUUAAUGGACGGUGGCUACAUCAACAACCUGCCAGCGGACAUCGCAAGGAACAUGGGUGCCAGAACAGUCAUUGCCAUUGAUGUGGGCAGCCAAGAUGAGACUGACCUGUGUAACUAUGGUGACUGCCUGUCUGGCUGGUGGUUGCUGUGGAAACGGAUCAAUCCCUGGGCAGAGAAAGUAAAGGUGCCAGACAUGGCAGAGAUCCAGUCUCGCCUGGCCUAUGUGUCAUGUGUGCGGCAGUUAGAACUGGUGAAGAAAAGUGCCUACUGUGAAUACAUUAGACCCCCCAUCGACCGCUUCAAGACCAUGGACUUUGGCAAGUUUGACGAGAUCUAUGAUGUGGGCUUCCAGCAUGGCAAGUUGCUGUUCACUGGCUGGGCCAGAGGCGCCAUCAUCGAGAACAUGCUGAGGGACCACCGUUCAGCAGAUUACAACGACAGCAAGAGGACUGAUACUUGCACAUGUCCAGGUGCUGACUUCACCGACCUUGCAGAGAUUGUUUCCAGGAUAGACCCAGUCCAAAGCUACGUCGCUGCAGACGCAGAGGAGUCUGACUGUCUGACCGAGUAUGAGGAAGAUGGGAUGGACACAGUGCGGGAAGAGGAGGGUGAGGAAGAGGAGGAAGAGGCAGAACCGGAAGACCACUCCCCUGGAAGGUGGGGACAAAAUGGAGAAUUUCAGCCUCAGGAUGAUGAAAAAUCUGUGAGACGACGCAGGAAAUUUACCAGCGACUCCAACACUUCAGAAGUCUCUGACUGCUGACGGAAAACCUGGGGAGGGUGAAAGGAAAGAGAGCAAGGGACUGGUUUCAGGUCCAUAAAAUGUUGAGGUCGUGUGAACGUCACACAAAGCUCCUGCAACUUUUGAACUACUGAAACACUGUUGGACCUUUUUUGCGAGAAUUGGUUUGCUCCUCGCUCUCACACAGACUUUAUCUCUUCGCUUCAAGUCAGCACUGUCAGAAUUAAAUACUCUCCAGAAGCGUCAGGAAGUAGUUUUGUCGGUGUCUUCUAUUGCCACAACCAUCGCUUGUCAACUUUAAAACCCCAACCACAAGAAACAAGGACACUUUAAAUGAAUAACUGAAGCUAUUUACUUGCUGCUCUCAUCCUUUCCAUAUAUCGGUACAGUUUCAUUACACUUCAACAGACACACUGUCUAUUUCAUCUGCGCGCUUGUAGUUUGUUGAAAAAGAAAUAUAUACAGUGAGUUGUUUAAAUUCAAGGUAGAGAGAUGUAAUGACGCUGUUGACAUUGACAUUGUGGGACUGAAAACAAUAAAGACGAAAGUGUGUAGAUAAAAGAAUAGAUUGAGCCAUGAGUAAAGUGUGAUUUUAACUCAAAUAUUUCAAAUUCACGCACACUACAACUUAACGAGCUUGGAGCUCCGUAGGUAGAAUGGAGAGUGCGCCACAGGAAGUGGGAGGGGGUGAGACGGUACAGGCAGUGGCUGACGUGGCGUCUGUGUGCGUCCAAGGCAGCUUUACAACUGUGUGCUCAAGUCCAUGCCUGUGUGCGAUGCACUCGCAGUGACACAGAGAGUGAUUUGACUGACACUACACGGCACUCAUACACUUACAGUACUCGUGUACAGUUACAGUCGUCUGCCAGUGAUUUGAAAUCCUGUCGUGGGGAAAUGCUGACAUGUUCAUCUCAACUUAUUUCAAGGUAAACAAUAUGCUGAAAACCCGAGGAACUCCAAAUAAAAGGACAAAUUGUAUAGCUAACACUGUAUUAAUAAGGACCUCCUGUAGAAUUUGUAACUAGGUCAUAUUACAUUAUGCAUAAUGUUAAUACUGAUAAAUGUAUAUGAGGUGGAAAAGUUGAUGCUUUGCUGCGAAGCAAGGGAACUUAACAACAACAAAGAUUCUCUUAAGUCCAUUCUGUUAUGGAUAGUUGCCAGAUUUGCUUCUAUUGUUUUUACUUUAUGUACAUGUCAACUACUGGCUUUUUUAAAAACCUAUUUACUUUUUAAAUUGGGGGAUAGAGGGUGUUUUAAUAUAAUUAACCUGGCUUUAGCUGUAUUUGCACUGAAAUAUUUGACGUAUUCCUUGUUCUGAAGAGUUUGGUUUAAUAAUUGCCAUCAACUUUGAGAUGCCAAGGAAAUCUGAGAAGGAGAUAAUAAUUUAUUAUGCAUAUUUGAAAAUAAAUACAAUAUGCAUCAUG